AUGCUGCACGAGGCGUGGCGCGCCGGCGCCGGUUGGACUAAGCAGGAGCCGUUCGAAUUGGAAGCGUUCAUCGCUGAGAUCAACAACAAUCGCCGUCCGAAAGAGGGCGAGGCGGAGUGCGGCGAGGCGGAGGCGGAGGGCGCGGAGGGCGAGGGCGCCGCGGCGGACGCGGAGGGGGGCCGCGAGGACAGCCCGCCCCCCCUGCCGGCGUUCGGCUACGCCCACCCGCACCCGAGCGACCUGUCGCCGUCCCACUCGCGCAGCUACCAGGAGCUGCGGCCGGCGGCGGGCCCCGCGCCGCUCGCGCCACACGCGCGCGACAUGCAGGCCUACGCGCACCUCGAGGACGCGCUGUUCAAGCCGGCGCCCGCGCCCGCGCUGGCCGCGCCCGGCUGCACCGACGGCGCCUACCUGCGCGGCCGCAGCCCCGACCUCAGCCCCAGCCCCGAGCGCCGCGACGACUACCGCCUGCACUACGAGUACGCGCCGCCGCCGCCGUACUCGCACGACCACCACCACCACGCCGACCAAGGUGGAGGCGGCGGCACCGCGUACGGGCGCUGCUACGGUGGCGGGUCGUACUUCAGCGCCGGCGGCGAGCUGCCGCAUCAGCCGCAGAUGUGGCCGUCGAGCGCAGGCGCGUCGCCUACGUACGGAGGGGGCGCCCCGCCGGGCGUGGGGCUGGCGGACGAAUACGCGGAGGCAGAAGCCGCGGGCUGCGGCGAUGCGACGCCCGCCGGCGGCGUCGGCGGCGCGCUGCCGGCCUUCAACACUCGCUUCGGAGGCGCCUUUCCCUGCGCAACGAGCCGGCCCUCGACCGUGUACGGCUCGCCGGCACUCGCCGCCACUUCGUACCCGCAUCAGGACGUGUGGAGCCUCGACGGCAGUCGGCGCACGCAGCUCUCGGCCGCCGCCAGUCUGUCAGCCAUCGACGUGGCGGAGUUUUUCACGGAGGGCCGCGAGUGCGUCAACUGCGGCGCCAUCCACACGCCGCUCUGGCGACGCGACGGCACGGGCCACUACCUGUGCAACGCUUGCGGCCUCUACAACAAGAUGAAUGGCAUGAACCGGCCGCUGAAGCAGCCGCGGCGGCUGGUACGUCAGCGCGCAGCCGCGCCCCCCCACGCCGCGCCGACCCACGACUUGAGCUCGCGCAAGCCCGGCAUGUCGUGCAGCAACUGCCACACCACCACCACGUCGCUGUGGCGGCGCAACGCGCACGGGGAGACGGUGUGCAACGCCUGCGGCCUGUACUACAAGCUGCACAACAUCAACCGGCCGCUGGCCAUGAAGAAGGACUCCAUCCAGACGCGGAAGCGCAAGCCCAAGAACAGCCUGAAGGCGGUGCGCGGCCUGGCCAAGGGCGCGCCGUCGCCGCACGCCGCGGCCAAGCUGGAGUUCCCGGCGCGCGCCUUCGACGACGCGGCCUUCGCGGGCGACGCGGCGCGCGCCGGGCCCUGCUUCGCGCACGCGCUGAAGCUGGAGGAGCCGCCGCCGGCGCACGCGCACGCGCACGCGCACGCGCACGCGCACGCGCUGCCGCACGCGCUGUUCGACGACGCCGACUUCCGGCGCGCGGGCGCCGAGCCCUCCGAGCGCCUGGACCGGCCCACCGUCGUGUCCCUGGGCAGCUGAGCGCGCCGGGCUCGGCCGCGGACGAACACGGAGAAUCUCAGUCGCUUAAGUUAGCUGUUAAGUAGGCUAGUGCGUUUGUCGAGGGCGAUCGACCGCCGAGUCGUAGCUAGUUGACCAAAUAUAUGUACCUACCCGCCGGCGGC